UCGAGCCUGGGAAAAAUGAAGUAUUUUUUAAAUUUAAGGUAAAUCAAAAAUCGAUUAAAAAAUUUUUCCAAAAAACAUUUUGCCAAAAUUUUAUUUUUCAAAUUAUGUACAUUUAGUACAUAAAGGCAAUUUCUUAAAAUAAUUAUACGAUGACGCUUCUGAACCUUUUUUAAUCUUUUUUACAUAUGACUCAUAUUUCUUUAAAAAGCGUAUUUUUGCAAUGAAAAUGUUUUUAUAUUUGCUGUUUUUCUCUGCUGAGUAAGCACUCCCUCUCUUUCACAAGGUGGCCACUUUUGUGAAUUUUUAAAUUGUGUAUUGUUGAAAACAUUUAGGGAAACACUUUUUUAUUAAAAAAUGUGUGAGGUUUCUAUAGGCUUGGGUUUGAUAAGACUCGAAAAAGAAAGGGUUGAUGGUUUUCUUUUUUUGUGGGGGGGGGGGGGGGACUUUUAAUUAUUUUUUGUUUACCUAUUUAACUACAAUCUCUAAAAAAAUUUUUCAUUUUCAGAUUUUAACAUAGUAGCUAGUAUAACAAAUAUUAAAUAAAAAAUAACAAUUAAAUUUUGAAAGAAAAAAUUAUUUUAAUUAUAAACAAACACAAAAUGAACAGUGAACAGAAAUCGUGUGAAAAAGGAAAUGUUGCACGUAUUGUUGACAGAUUAAGCAAAGAUUAUGGGUCUGGCUUGGGGAAUUCUACAAUGGUCUCGACAAAAUUGGAAAAUGUUCCAUUGAGAAAUAGAGCACUUAAUACAUCAACGUCCGGAUUUGGUCUUCCCUUCCAUUCAGCAGAAACUGCAGUCGUUCGAUUUUCUUAUGCUGCACAACAACCAGACGAAUUGGAUUUAAAAGAAGGUGAUGAAUUAGCUGUUUUGGCUCAUACAGAAGAUGGUUGGGCUCGUGGUGAAAUUAUUAAUUCUCCAAAUAAUCCUGGAAGGAAAGGACUUGUUGGACUGUAUCCUACUAAUUUUGUCUCUACUUCCUCUGCAACACCUUCUAAACAAAUUCCUCCUGUUUUGAGCAGCCCUUCAUCUACAUUCCCACGAUCUGUUGACUCCUCACAUGACAAGUCGCAUCAAGAGAAUUCCCAUUCCACUUUAAUUAGCGGGGUUAGUGCCCAUCAACUUUCUUCAUCAGCACCAAAAACUACUGUGAUUGGAGGGGUUGGAAACAAUUUUUCCUCGUUGGGCAAUGGUGCCACAACUGUUACAUCAAGCCCCGGCGUUUUACACACUGGAAAUGUUUUGCCUUCAAGUCUUCUCAGGGGAGGGACGGUUGGUAGCCGGACAGGAGAAAUGUGUGCACGUAGAGUUACGUCAACGCUGAUGACUGAAAAUGCUUCAAAUUCUCAUUCAUUUGCGCCUUCAGCUGAUAAAGAUAUGGCUAAAGUUUUGUACAAAUAUGAUGCUGCUGCUCCCGAUGAACUUAGUUUACCAGAAGGAACUCUUGUUAUUGUCAUUAAUCGUCAAUGCGAAGACGAAGGCUGGUUUAUCGCUGAAGCUCCAGAUGGCCGUAGAGGAUUAUUUCCUGAUAAUUUUGUUAAAUUCUUGCCGUCUGAGUCUGCAAUCAACAUUCAAAAUUCACAAAUUCCACAUCAACCACCUUCUCUUCCGGCAAAGCCACAAAAAUUUAAUGCUUCAACACAUGGUCAUUCUCAACCUGUGGCAUUUGUUCGUGACUCUUUAUUUGGAGAUUCAACAACAAAACAACCAAAUAUGUCAUCUGAAGCAAAAACACCAACAGAUCCAGGCACAGAUAAAUUAAUGACAACUUCUGCAAUUUCACUUUCAAAUGAUACAGAAAAUAAUAAUAUUAGUCCAACAAAUGCAGCAACACAAAAUAUAAUCUCUUCUUCUAAUAAUACGCCUGGAAAUCGUCAUUCAAUGAUUGCCGGAAUGCAAAAAAUAUUAUUUCCUGGAGGGAAAUUGCCUUUACAACAACCAGGCUCUCAACGUAAUUCUACAAUUAUUAGUGGAGGAAAAUUAGCAGAAGCUUCGACAAAUGUUGAACCAAAAAUGACUGAUUUCGAUAAUAAUAUUAGUGGUGGUGGGGGAAUAAAUAAACAACAAAAUAAUAGUAAAUUAUUGGCUUCUUCUUCAAUUGUUACUGCACGAACAAAAAUUGUGCCGUCAAAUAAACGUCCGCCUUCUAAAGUGAAUUCUGCUGCUUUAUUAGCUGAAAAUACAAGAGAUUCAUUUGACAAUAACAACGAUACAAAAAUAUUAGAAAUGUCAUCACCAACAUUUACUAGUACUUCUAAAACAACACAAUCUUCUACUUCAAGUCCUACAACAGCAACAGGAAUAAAUAAUAAUAUUAAGACUACAAGUGUUUUUUCAGCUAGUUCUGGAGAAGAAACUAGCCAAUCUCAACAUCGUUAUGUGCCACUUGCAGAAAGAAUUAGUUUUCAGCCACCAAAGACUGCUUUAAUUACUAGCCAUGUUCCUUCAAUUUCUACACUCAAUACAACAUCAGCAACAAAAGAAAUGUCAACAAUUCCAUUAUCUUCGUCACCAGAAUCUGCCAUUUCCAACAUUACUGAUCGAACAACAGGUGGAGGAAUAUCUUUAUCUCAAACAACUCCUUCAACUUCUCAAUGGGUUUCUCGUGCUGAUUUUGAUCGUUUUGCUGAAGAAUGUAAUCGAAGAUUUUCUGAAAUGCAUGCUGAAUUGAUUGAAUUACGUCGAAGAGUUGAUCAAAAUAAAUGA